CAUCGUUAAUCACCCCAAAACCCAACCUAAACCCGAGCACAACCCCGCAAUCCAACAUCAAAUCCAACCCCCGACACAACCCACCAAUCCACCAACGGUCCACCUCUAACACAACCAAAUCCGCAGCACUCAACCCAAACCAAUGAGCAACCCAAACGAAAGAGGAAGGUGGUGAGAGAGAAUUUCGAACAACAACCACCACCAUUGUUGAUGAGGUUGUUCGUUUUCUGUUGUUGUGGUGUGAGGUUGUUGAAGGGCGUGUGGUGGUGACUGAGACUGGAGGUCCAGCGAGAUCUCAGGCGAGGGUGAGCGAGCAUGAGUGUGGGUAGGUGGGUGAGGAUGAGGGUGGUUGCACGUGGAGGGACGCCGGUCGGAUAGGGGCGGCCAAGAUUGCUCGCCGGUUGUGGUUGUGGUGGCGGACAAUAGGGCAGUGGUGUUGGUUGUGGUGGCGGACAAUAGGGUGGUGGUGGUGGUUGACUGCUAGUUGGAUGAGGGGGUGGUGGUGGUUUGUGGCUUAAUUUGGUAUAAGAGAGAAAUUUAUGAUUUGGGGUCUAGUGAGGGAAUUAAACCAAAGGGAUUAAAUUAUAAUUACUAUCCAAAUUGGUCUCAGUACCCAAUUGGUGAAAAAAAAAACUUGAGUCCCUAAUUGGUGAAAAAUACCAAAAUUUGGGGCUCAACUUUAUGCUUAACUCACAAAUAAAGGAUACUUAAGUUAAGUUGUGUUGUAAACAUUAAAUUUUAAAACAUUGAAAAAAAAAAGGAUACGUAAGAUACUUGAAGUGUACACCAAACUCCUAAAGAUUUGGCUUUAUAAUAAAGACCUUUUGUGUUUUUUUUAAUGAAAUUGUUGAAACUGAUAGGGAAGCUAAUUAUAGAAGGGAAAGGUUUAGCCUCAUUUGUUACUCUUAUCAAAUCAGUGGAAAUAAAUCACGUCUUCUUUCUCAAUCAUAAAUAUCUUAAUUAUUUUCAUUUUACUAGGAUACCAAACAACUAUUAAAGGUAAUAAUUAUUAUUUGUAUUAUCCCUCCUUAUUCAAAUCCUUUCUAUUCCGUUUCCAUUAAUCAUAACAAACGCCUCCCAAGUUGGUUGGGGAGGAAAGGAAGAAUGUAAAAGCAAAUAAAUUGAGGAACAUCUUUUCCAUUGUCUUUUUUCUUUUGUGGGUAAUUGCAAAGCUUGCAAUUCAAUUUUUUCUUUGUUGAAUUUCAUGGUCCGUAAACCUUCUAAGGACGUGUUCUGUUCACCUUAAAAAAAUUUUUUUUGGGUCUAAUAAGUCCGAAUAAUUUAGAACGGUUUUAAUAAGUAAAAAUUCCUAGGAGGCUGGUUAAGCUAAUUUGAGUCUAUAGCUAAUUGGCUGUGUGUUCAAUAGUAAAUUUGAUUAUGCUUCUUUUGUUAGGAAGAAUCAAGGUUGGCAAUUUUACAACCAAGUUUUCCAUGUCCUCUUUUGUUAAGAAAGUGGAAGAACUCACCCAUGAACAAAGAACUGCUAUAGAAAGAGUUGGGUUUGGGAACUUGCUCCAUGUUCAUCACCACACUCUCCGAAAGAAUCUAUUAGUUGAGUGGAUGGAACGUUGGGACUGUGACAAAAGGGCAUUUCUUCUUCAUGACAGGGAGCUUACAAUCACAGCUAUUGAUGCUGCCCUGAUCUUAGGGUUGCGUGCUACAGGUAACCCUAUAUGCUUCACUGAUGAAGAUCCUUUAUCCGUAUUGGAAGAGGAGUAUGGUGCUACUUACAGUAACAGAAAGAUCAGCAUGUCUGCAAUUGAGCGAAGAUUGCAGUCCUUAGGUGAUCAGUGUAAUGAAGAUUUUGUAAGGACUUUCUUGCUUUUUAUCUUUGGGACGAUUCUUUUCCCUGGUUCAAAUGGAAAGAUAGACUCGCGCUAUGUUUCCCUUCUAAAAGAUCUUGAUGGAGUGUCUGAGUUUUCUUGGGGAACGGCUGUAGUUGAUGACCUCUUCAAUUGGUUAUCUAGACGGAAAGAGGAACAAACAAAAAGCAUGGAAGGUUGCCUUAUUCUUCUCCAAAUAUGGUCCUAUGAGCACAUAGACAUUGGGCGUCCAAAUCUUCUUAGCUCCUCCUUGGAUUUCCCUCGAGCUUGCCGUUGGGAAAGUAGCAGGUGCAACAUCCCAAGGCAUUGGUUCACUGCUAAGUUUAACGAGCUUGAAGAGAAUCAGGUAACAUGGAAGCUACAACCAUCAGAUACUGACAUAGAUAUUGAUAUCGUCAGAGAGCUAGUGGUGGAAAAGGCCGAGCUAGAAGAUAUUAAAUCAACUGGAACAGCCACCACAACAUCCAUGACAGCGAAGGUCCCGUCUAAGCAUUUUAGCCAGAAUGUCGUAUUGGAUGAGGAACCAGAGGGAGGUGUGGGAAGAGGCAAGCAUGAUCAGCAAGCUGAUGUUCCAGAGAAUUCUAGACAAUCAGCGGACGCAUCAGUGAUAACUGAAGAUUAUACAGAAUGUUCCUCAUCAUCCAGUUUGCACGAGGAUCAAAAUGCAGAGACUUCUCACCGUGUUGAGGGAGAACGUGUCUAUGAUAAUAAGAAAUUAAAAUCAGAUGGCGUGGUUGAAUUAAGGAGAGAAAUCAGUGCGUUGAAAAGACAGCUUACUCGGCUCUCUUUGAUACCGAAGUUGGAGGAAGAAAUAGCAAAUCUUAGAAAGGAAUUGGCUGACGUGAAAGAAGACAACCAACGGUUAAGGGCUCCUUCACCUGCUGAUAACAUAGAGAGGCUUAUUAAUGAAUACUUUGAUGGAGUUUCAGAUGCUUCAGAUGUGUUUUGUCUUCGAUGAACCAAACUCCUUCGUUUCUCCGAGCUGUAUCAUCUGAUUGUUUGUCAUUAGACCACGUAUGUUCAAGAUCUGAUUGCUGCAUUUGGGUAUUAUCAUCGGUGUAGAGCAGAUUGCAUACAUGACUAGUAUGCUUUAACUAAGAUAAUGCUGUCUUGCAACUUGUAAUUACUAGUUGAGUGUAAUUUUAUUCAUGAGUGAAAUAACUUCUAGUUUUUUAGGCAAUUACCUUAUGCAUCUAGAAAUAAAUUUAAUACAUGAGACAUGAAAAGUUGGCAAAAGAUUGUUACAUUGCUUAGUCUGUAAAAGCUGCAAUAAUAGUUUUGUAUAUGCUGUGAAGAAAAUUAUUAAUAUGUAUGUGUUUAGUUGUAUAUGUACUACAACUGGGGUUUUUAUUCACAAUCUAUGGGGAUUGUCACUUGUUUUGAGAUUAUAAUGUAUUUUUUAGUUUCUUAA